AUGCAAGCCAGCCCCAUCUGCAUUCCAACCGAUAGCAAUGACACUGACUGGGACUUCUGCUUCCACCUGUCACAGCAAACCAGGACCCCAACAUACCAAUAGACAGAUGAGUUUUCUACCUAUGAGUAUACAGAUAGUGAAGAAGAUACCGCAGUCCAGAAAGAAGAGAUGGAUUUUGACUAUAUGUCUCCCAAAGAAAAAUUAACUCAAUCCCAGAAGAAAAUAACUCAGCUCGUUAAGGAAAAAAUGAAUAUACACGCAAACAAGGAGCUGAUUCGGGGUUUGAUCCUUUCUCGGAUUAUUUUGGGGAAAGAACACUGGAAAUGUGCACAGGCUUUGGCCAACCUGGCUUAUGGCUACCUGACACUGAGAGGCCUCCCAGCUCAGGCCAAGAAACAUGCUGAGUUGGCUAAGAACACACUGUUGACCUGGAAGAGAAACACAACCUCAGAUGCAGAGAAAAAGGAAAUCCUGGAUGCUGUGGUCAUGGUCUACUACACUCUGGGCAUGGCCUGGCUCCUGCAGAACCAUGGAAAACAGGCCUAUAUCCAUCUUCAGAAGGCAGCCAGAAACAUGAAGGAACUGAAAGAAUUGAAUAAUGGAGGAGUUUGUGGAGUCCAAGUUUCAGAGAAAGACCUAACCAUUGCUUUGGGCAGAGCUUCGUUGGCCAUCCAGAGGAUGAACCUAGCUCUGGCCUACUUUGAAAAGGCAAUUGGCAAUGUUAUUGUUGCCAAGGGUCAUAGAACAUCAGAUCCGAUUAGUCUAUAUGAAGAAAUUGCUCAGAUCAAGCAGUUGAGGAAGAACCACAAGCAGGCCAUCCAGUACUUGCAGCAGGCCUAUUCUAUCUGUGUUUCUUCAUUUUCUGAAAUCAGCACCCAAACUGCAGAGACGAGUGCAUCACUAGCUAAAGCUUAUGCAAUGUCUGGAGAGUCCCAGCACAGAGAUGCAGUUGAGAUCUAUUUUAUAUGAAGUAUUAGUGCGUAUCCAACACUGGGCUCAGAGAACUCUGAAACGCUGACUACCCUCGAAGAUUUUUGCAUGUGGCUCAUCCAAAAUGGUGACAAAAGGAUUGGCAACUAUGGUGACUGUGCUGAAAAAGUGGCCAAAAUGUUUUAUAACCUGGGCAGCAUCUGUUUUGCCAAAGGAGACCUUAAAAAGGCAAUUCAACUGCUAAGGAAGACCAUGGGCUCUUUUCAUCCCGAGUUUACAUUCAUCCAAGGUUACAGGUCCUUCCCAACCUCCACAGUGUUCAAUGGAGGUGGGGGCACCACCACCUUCCAUCUCUUUGAUGUCUUAAUUCUCAAGCAUACCCAUUAUCUCCUUGGGUGCAAACCAAACUGA